UACUGUCAGAGUUGGUGGAGUUGCAAAAAUCUGCUCGUUCCGGAGAAUCCGAACCAUGUCCCGUCACGAAAAGUGCCUGGCGGACCAGAACCUGGUCAUAAUGCCACCGGGCCGUCCCAAGUACACGCCGCGCGACUGGGAGCUCAACAACCGCACCAAGAACGUCUUCUCGCUGAACCAGCAAACGCUGGCCGAGCGGAUCAUUUGCGAAAGCGAACGCCUGAUCGACGAAACCAACUUUACGACCGAGCUGAACAAGCACGAGGUGGACUUUCGGCUGCGGGAACGCAUCGGCGACAUCCGCUUCCGGCUGGACGAGCUCAAGAAGCAGAAAAAGGACGCCCACGUCGAAGAGGAGGCGCUGAAGGUGUACAAGCAGCGAACCAUCGACGCGAUCAACACGCUGCGGGAGAUUGCGAUGCCGCUGUGCCAGAAGUGUAUGAUUUAUCGGGAGAUGCGGCAGGGUGUGGAUUUGGUGCAGGACGAGGUGGACAACGAGUUGCGGAGGGAGCUGCACGUGGUGAAUGGGGCCAUUGAGUUGCUGCAGAAGCUGAUGGAGGAGGGUGGGGAGCAGUUGAGGCGGCUGAGGGCGACCAUUUAUCUGCUGGAUCGGGAUUUGUCCAAUAAGGAAAAAUCGAUCCAGAUCGAUGAGAAAAACGUGGAGAUUCGUCAUAACCAGAUGGGGAUGAAGGUGUACGAUGGGAACGUGCCGCUGGAUCCGUACAACAACACCGACCCGGAGUGGAUCGAGGUGACCAACACCAACAUCGAAAACACCGCCAAGGAGAUCAACUCGGCCCAAACGCUCCGCUCCUACAUCGAUCAGGUGCUGAAGCAGGCCGCCGAGGACAUGCGCCACCAGGUGGACCGUACCAACGCCGCGUUCAGCAAGCGAAUCGCCGAGAUGCGUUACACCAAAACCAAACUCGAGAACGUGCACAAGGAGACGACGCGCCAGGUCAACGAACUUACCCGGAACGUGACCAAGCUGGAGAAGGAGAUCGCCGAAAAGGAGGGCUACGUCGCGCUGGCCCAGAUGCGGAUGGCGAACCGUGCCCACCGGCCGGGCAUCGAGCUGUGCAACGACAACGUGUACAAGAGCCUGAAGAAGGAGCUGGCCGCGCUGCGGGAAACGAUCGCCAAGCUGGACAAGAUGCUGGUGCAGUCGCGGGCCACGUUGCGAUACUUGCUGAACACGCAGGUUAUGCAGGAGGAGGAGAUCAACCUGAAGACGAGCUCGCUCAAGCUGGACGAGGUGGACUGCAUGACGCUGCGCGAGAGUUUGAAGUUUCAAAAUUUUUAGAUGAGUGUAGUUUGUGUGUGUGUAUUUUUGUGUGUGCUUUUAGGACUUUCGGCAAAUAAAGAAAAAGAUCGCACUUUGCAACCGAC